CUUUUGGCCCCAGCGACUCGCCGUUGCCCAGGCUGCGGCGUUCACUAGUUGAGGUGAUGGCGACUGGGACACCAGAUUCGCAAGCGCGAUUCGGUCAGUCUGUGAAGGGGCUCCUCACAGAGAAGGUGAACACCUGUGGUACGGACGUGAUCGCGCUCACCAAGCAGGUGCUGAAAGGCUCCCGGAGCUCCGAGCUGCUAGGUCAGGCAGCUCGAAACAUGGUCCUGCAGGAAGAUGCCAUCUUGCACUCAGAAGAUAGUCUAAGGAAAAUGGCGAUAAUAACAACACACCUUCAGUACCAGCAAGAAGCUAUUCAGAAGAAUGUUGAGCAGUCUUCUGAUCUACAGGACCAGUUGAAUCAUCUGUUGAAAUAGAGCAGCUUGUAAGAGGGAAAAGCACUUCUUUGUCUGACACUGAGAAGGAAAUAUUUUAUUCAGCUACUGUCCUAUGGGUUUGAUUUUCCAUUUUCUUCUCCAAAAGUUAAGUUAGAAAAGAUUUAUGAUGGUGUGCAGUUUCUCCUGAAGAGAAGCUAGGUGGUUGAAUUUUGGAAGUACUUCUUGAAGCAGACUAACCCAUGCUCUUACUGAAAUUUUAAAUGUUCUGUUUAGUUUAAUGUUAAAGCAAAAUUAAAGAGGUCGUAGUUUUUUCCAUAGAACUUUUAUAUAUGUCAAGAGCUGUUAUCAUCUAACUGUGAUUCUUAAGCAAAUGCUGAAUAAUGUUUUAAAUUCAGAAAUACGGCUUCUAUUGUGAAAGCAGGAAUGAUUAAUAUUCUUUUUAAAGACUUUUUUUCUUUUAAUCAUACAUUCAGGAAAUUUCAUGGUCGCAGAAUGGUGAUAGGUAAUAUCUGUUCUUUUCUAUUAACUCAGAGGAGAUACUUAUUUUAUUCAUUGUAGCAAAUUCCUAAAUGAAAAUUAGGCAAAUGGUAUCAUAUCUGGCCUGCUGCAACCUCCUGCCUUGACCUGCAUUCCUAGUUUCUUUGUUGUGACUCUUGAUUAGUUGGCCUUGGGUUCAUUUUGUAAUUUUGCUAGUCAUCAGCAGAUUCACUUGUAGAACAUUAUUGCCAAAUGCAAAGGCAGUUGAAUUACCGGGAAUGAUUGCAGUGUAGGGUUGUGCCAUGGUGAAAACCUUAUUUUUUCAGUUAUUUGCCCAUGUUCAUUUAAUUCAUCUUGCUAAAAGACAUUACCUUUGAAUGUCUUUGUUUGAAUUUUAAAUGGGACUCCAUUGUGUUCUAGUUCAUUUCUUAUCACUAAAGAAUUAGGAGAAAGCUGACAUAAGAAAAUGGUGUUUUCAGUGAAAGAAAAAAGCAAGUAAGAGUCCAAUUUAAUUCAUAUUGUAUAUCAUCAAGUCGACUAAUCAUAUUAGAUUGUAUUUAUCCCUCAUUAUGCCUAUACACAUUAACUUAAGGUAAAAGAAAAAACUAGGUAUGAAGGAAUUCAGUUAUGCAUUCCUUUUAUAAACUCUCAUUACACUUAUUAAAUGUAAAUGGGCUCAAUUCACCUUCAAAAAGAAGGGUCUGGAAACUUCUGGAACUGUAGUGGACCCAUAUUGACAGCAAAUGUUAGCAAAUUGACAGCAAAUGUUAGCAAACGUUACUAUCACUGUUGCUAUUCAGCAUUUUGCUGGAGGCCAUGUCUAGUGCAGAAGUUAAAAAUAAAUAUAGCUAAUGGGGCGCCUGGGUGACUCAGUCAGUUAAGCAUCUGCCUUCGGCACCGGUCACGAUCCCAGGGUCUUGGGAUUGAGCCCUGUGUCAGGCUCCCUGCUCAGUGGGGAGCCUCCUUCUCCCUCUCCCUCUGUUUGUGGCUCCCCCUGCUUGUGCUCUCUCUCUCUCUGUCAAAUGAAUAAAUAAAUAAAAUCUUAAAAAAAAUAAGUAUAGCUAUUAGCAACAAAGAGACAAAAUUAUUAUCAUAUUGUAGGAUUAUCUGCUUAGAAAAUCCAAGGACUGAUUUUUUUUAAAAGGCCCAUCAAUUUAGAAAACAAAAAGUUCGCCUUCGGCUCAGGUCAUGAUCCCAGGGUCCUGGGAUCGAGUCCCGCAUCGGGCUCCCUGCUCAGCAGGGAGUCUGCUUCUCCCUCUGACCCUCCCCCCGCUCAUGCUCUCUCUCUAUCUCAUUCUCUCGCAAAAUAAAUAAAUAAAAUCUUUAAAAAAAAAAAAAAGAGGGGCGCCUGGGUGGCUCAGUCGUUAAGCGUCUGCCUUCGGCUCAGGUCGUGAUCCCGGGGUCCUGGGAUCGAGCCCCGCGUCGGGCUCCCUGCUCCGCGGGAAGCCUGCUUCUCCCUCUCACACUCCCCUUGCUUGUGUUCCCUCUCUCACUGCCUCUCUCUCUGUCAAAUAAAUAAAUAAAAUCUUUAAAAAAAAAAAAAAAGAAAACAAAAAGUUCAGUCAUCCAAGUAUACAAGAUGCAAAGAAAUACCUAACAUGACAUUUGUAAAAAAUUAAAAAUUAAAAUAAAGGUGUGGUCUAAGUUUUCCUCAUCAUGCUGGAACAAAUAUUAAAGUAGCAGUGAUUGCUUACAUUAUAACUGAUAAAACAAAUUUCACCACAAAAUUUUAAUGGUAAAUAUAAAAUUUAUAUUAAAUAAUGAAAGCCUAGUAGUACUAAAUUUAGUCAUUUUAAAGAAUAGAAUGCCAAAAAACAUGGAAGAAAAGUAGCCAGAAAUGUAUGAAUAGUAAGAAAUGUAUACAUAAUUUUUAUUUUAUUUUAUUUUAUUUAUUUAUUUGACAGAGAGAGACACAGCGAGAGAGGGAACACAAGCAGGGGGAGUGGGAGAGGGAGAAGCAGGCUUCCCUCAGAGCAGGGAGCCCGAUGCGGGGCUCGAUCCCAGGACGCUGGGAUCAUGACCUGAGCCGAAGGCAGACGCUUAACAACUGAGCCACCCAGGCGCCCAGAAAUGUAUACAUAAUUUGAUACUAUAUCUCUUGUAGAAAUAAAUGGACUAGGUAGAAUUAAAUGGUGAUCAAAUAUAUGGAAAUAAAAAAUACUUCUUUAAAUAAGAUCUGGGUUGUAGAGAAUAUGUUGAAGGAUAAUAUUUUUAAAAUAGUGAAAAUUCAAAUUCUGUGCAAGAAAAUUUAUGUGAUAAUACAGCAGUAUUUUAAAGCAGUACUGUAAGCAGUAUUAUAAAGAAAAAAAAUGGUGCUUUAAAUCUCUAUAGGGAAAAGGGUGUUUUCUUUUUUUAAGGGGUUUGUGGUUAGAACUUAGGGAAGAAAUCAAAAUAGAAUAAGAAAGCCAAGCAUGAAUGAUAAAAAUUUGAAAAAAUAUGUGAUAUCAUUAAUUGGUUCUUACAGAUUGAAUUGUUGAAGUAUUGGGUCACUUGGCUGCCUCAGUCGGUGAAGCAUGUGACUCUUGAUCUUGGGGUUGUAAGUUCAAGUCCCAUGUUGGGUGUGGAGAUUACUUAAAAAUAAAAUCUU